AUGCCUAUGCCUAAAAAAGUAUCUCCUACUAAAGAAUUGCAUGCUUUAGUUUCUCAUGAUUUGAGUAGUAUGGAUAGAGUCAAUGAAGAAUAUUUGUUGAAUAAUCAAUCAGGCAAGAAUUCAGACUUUAGCAGGAUAGAAGAAGAGGAUGUAUUGCAGAGGGUACAGGCUGAAUUCAAAAGGUAUCUGCAUUUUGAAGAAGAGUUUUGGAGGCAAAAAGCAGGCAUCCAAUGGCAUUCAGAGGGAGAUAGGAAUACAAGAUAUAUUCAUAGUCUUGUAAGAGGAAGAAGAAAGAGGUUGUUGCUUACAAGAAUACAAAAUGCAGAUGGUGAAUGGGUGGAAAAUUUGGAUGAUAUUGCUACUGAAGCUAUUUCAUUUUAUCAGAAUCAAUUUUCUCAGGAAAGUGGUGUAGUUGACUCAAAUUUACUGGAUCACAUUUUUGAGAGAAUUUUAGAGGAUCAAAAUAAAUUCUUGUUUGCUAAACCAACUCUUGAAGAGGUUAAAAAUGCUAUUUUUGCAUUAUCAGGUGAUAGUGCUUGUGGACCUGAAGCCUUGAGACCAAUCAACCUCAGCAAUUUCAUAAACAAGAUUAUUUCGAGACUAUUACAUGACAAGCUAGAGGUGAUCUUGCCAUCUCUAAUAUCCCCAAAUCAGUCUGGAUUUGUGAAGGGUAGAAAUAUCAUUGAAAAUGUGCUGCUUACUCAAGAAUUGUUAGCUAAUAUCAGAAAGAGAGGGAAACAUGCUAAUGUUAUCGUUAAGCUGGAUAUGGCAAAUGCUUAUGAUAGACUUUCUUGGAGAUUCCUUGUUCAAGUUCUUAGAAAGAUGGGAUUUGCAGAAGUGUAUGUAGACAUGGUAUACAGACUGAUUGCUAAUAACUGGUAUUCCAUUCUCAUUAAUGGACAAUCUUUUGGUUUUUUCCACUCUACAAGAGGGGUCAAACAGGGAGAUCCUUUAUAUCCUGCUCUUUUUAUUCUAGCUGCUGAGGUUGUCUAUGGCUCUUAA